UUGAAUCAUGGGAAACGUGGAGAGUCAGAAUGGACACAGUGGUUUUCCUAUGGCGACGUGACCGGGGCACCUCUCCCGUACGCACAUGUCCCGCUCACCCGCCUGUCCAACAAGCAGCCCAUCAACCGUCUGUUCCCGCCACUCCUCUUCAGUCAAGCAGGAGCACAGAAACUCUGUGGGCGUCAACUCGCUCUUCCAGCCCCCUAGUAUCCCACAAUACCUCGCAGAGAAAGGAUGGGUUUUCAACCCAACAGAUGCAUUCGAAGAAUUCGGCAUCAACCCCCACUGGACACAACGCGUCGCUAUGACAAUGAGGCCAGAGUCAUAUCAGCACGACGAUGACCCCUUGGCCACGCCCACUCCAGAAACCUCGGAGGCAGACACUCUUGGUCAGGAUGGAGGGGAGGACUCCAUGGGGGAGGGGGAGGGCGAUGGAGAGGGGGACGUUCUUGGGGAGGUGAGGUAUCUCCAGCGCAUGACUGAGGGUCCCAGGGAGGGAGGGAGUUUUAAAAAGAAGCGGUCGAAGUCAGCGGACAUGUGGAGAGAGGACAGCCUGGAGUUCUCCCUCUCUGACCUGAGCCAGGAGCAUCUGACCAGCACAGAGGAGAUUAUAGAUGGAGGAGAAGAGCUGGAGGAGGAGCCGGAGCAGUUCACAUGCCCCAGAGGCAGCGCAGGCUCUGCUGAGAGGGCGUCGUCUCUGGACCAUCUGUGCAGCCAGCAGAGUCCUGUCCUGAGGGGGCAGAGGAACCGCUACCUCAAGAACCGAAGGGAAGGACAAGGUGGAGGAGGAGGGGACGGAGAGGAGGGGCUGAUCUCUCCUGCUGAGGAGGACGGUGGCGGGUAUGGAGCGUUCACGCUCCCCUGCCGGCGCUCCCACUGCCUGUCUGAGGGCUUAGUGGGACUCGGCAUCCCGGCUGCACCACGCCCCGCCUUCCAGGGACGACGUGCACAAACCACUCAGGACAUCUCGGGUGUUUUGGGUGAGGGAAGUGAGUAUGGCGACAGCGGCAUCGAUGGCGUCACCACAGAGAUGGAGGGGGAGACGGAGCUGGGCUCACGGCGCUGCAAAGCCAUGUCUGCCUCCUUCUCAGUGUACUCAGCUGCUGAGAGCAGCGUUUUUAAUGGGAGCGACAGCGGAAGCAGCAGCGGAGGAGGAGGAGAAGGAAGAGGCGGUGAGGGAGGAAGAGGAGGAGUGUACGAGAACUUCCGAAAGGAACUGGACAAUCAAGCCUGGACACAUCAGGGUCAGGACUUCACAGAGGAGGCGGGGUCUGCUGUGAGUGACGAGCACAGCAGUGGCACCCUAAGCUCUGCUUAUCCAUCGGACGCUCUGAUUGGCUGCACCCAAGGCACGGUCAGGAAAGCAGGAGCUCUCGCUGUGAAGAACUUCUUGGUUCAUAAGAAGAACAAAAAGGUGGAACCUGCCACUCGGCGCAAGUGGAAACACUACUGGGUCUCUCUAAAAGGCUGCACUCUGUUCCUGUAUGAAACAGACGGCCGGUCAGGAAUCGACCACAACAGCAUUCCCAAACAUGCUCUGUGGGUGGAGAACAGCAUUGUCCAGGCUGUACCUGAACAUCCCAAAAAAGACUUUGUCUUCUGCCUCAGCAACUCAGUGGGAGACGCAUUCCUCUUUCAGACGUCGGGCCAGACAGAACUGGAGAACUGGAUCACGGCGAUCCACUCAGCCUGCGCUACUGCUCUGGCUCGGCAGCACCACAGGGAGGACACGGUGCGGCUGCUCCAGACGGAGAUCCGCAAGCUGGAGCAGAAGAUCGACAUGGAUGAAAAGAUGAAGAAGAUGGGAGACAUGCAGCUGUCCACUGUCACUGACACCAAGAAGAGGAAGACGAUACUGGAGCAGAUCUUCCUGUGGGAGCAGAACCUGGAGCAGUUCCACAUGGAUCUGUUCCGCUGUCGGUGCUACCUGGCCAGCCUGCAGGGCGGCGAGCCCCCCAACCCCAAGCGCCUGUUGGGCUUCGCCUCACGUCCCACCAAGCUGGCCAUGGGACGCCUGGGCAUCUUCUCUGUCUCUUCCUUCCACGCAUUGGUGGCGGCCCGUACGGAAAGCAGCAUCAGGAGGCGGAACCAGGCGAUGCCUCGUACAUCCAGUAAACGUCGCAGUCGUUUCUCCUCUCUCUGGGGUCUGGACACCGCCUCGAAGAGGAAGACCAAGGGACACCCCUCCAUCAGCCAGGUGUUUGUUGAUGGGAUGGAGCCGGUGAGAAAACCCUUGGAACACAUGUUUGAAGACUCUGCCAGCGAGAAAUCUAAGGAGAAGGAGAGCUCAGUGCAAAGUCUUCCCCGGCACAAUGUGGACAGUGACAUCUGGGUUCCUGAUUACCUGACUCCCUCUUGGGUUUUGCUACCAAAUGAUCAGCCCAUCCUGGCCAUCAUACAGCCUGGAGAGACGGCGCUGGAUGUCCUGAGCUCUGUCUGCAAGGCUCACAAGAUCGAUCCGCCCAACCACUACCUACGUCUGAAGGUGUGUGUCGAUGACCAGAUGCUACUCUAUGUUCCCAAGCCUGACGAGGACAUCUCUGAUCUGCUCUACAAAGAGGUUGAGAUUUGCCCCAAAACAACCAAGGUGAUCCGGUUUGACAAAGCCGAGUCCUGCACCAUCGGAUACGGUUUUUCUGUGGCCGUAUUAGAUGAGGAUGGAACACAGCAGCUCCACAUCACUGAAGUGAAAGCAGGUGGCCUGGCCUCAGCUAAAGGAUUGAGAGUGGGGGAUGAGAUCCUGUUGCUGAACGGUAAACCUGCUUCUGCUCUCCAAAUGGAAGAUAUGAGGGCUGCAUUCGUUAACCAAGUACUGACCUUGAGUAUCAGCACCCUGCCCCAGUUGGACCCUCGGCUGCUGUGCACCCUCCCCCGCCGGCGCUCCGAUGGGGAACAGGACCCCGCCACCGACAUCUUCUCCCAGAGCCAAGAGGACAUCCUGGACGAGGUGUCAGGCCUGACAGUGGAGAGCCCAGAUGUGAGUUUAGAGGAAGGACCUCGGCUGAGUCCACAGAGCCCCCCAGGUCAUCUUGAAGAAAAGACCUGCACGGAGGCUGCACAGAAGAGCACAGAGCAGGUCACCGCUUUCUGCCGCAGUCUCCAUGACAUGAAUCCCCUGGAGUGCCCUAUGUCAUCCUCCUCUUCCUCGUCCUCAUCCUCCCUCUCUCCCAGCCCUGUGUCAGCCAUACCACCCACGGCAGGCACUGUCACCCAGAGACAGCUCUCCGACGCAGACAAACUCCGCAAGGUCAUCACUGAGCUGGUUGAAACAGAGAAGACUUACGUCAAAGACCUGAGCUGCCUAAUAGAGCGCUACCUGACGCCCUUGCAGAAGGAGAGUUUUCUUACACAGGAUGAGCUGGAUGUUUUGUUUGGUAACCUCGGGGAGAUGGUGGAGUUCCAGGUGGAGUUUCUGCGUACCCUAGAAGAUGGAAUCAGACUGGUGCCAGACCUGGACAAACUGGAGAGGGUAGAGCAAUUUAAGAAAGUGUUAUUCUCCUUGGGCGGAUCGUUCUUGUACUAUGCUGAUCGCUUCAAGAUCUACAGCGCCUUCUGUGCCAGCCACACUAAGGUCCCCAAAGUCCUGGCUAAAGCAAAGACAGACUCAGACUUCAAGGCUUUCCUGGCGGAGAGAAACCCCAGACAGCAACACUCAUCCACCCUGGAGUCUUACCUGAUCAAACCCAUUCAGAGGGUCUUGAAGUACCCACUGCUUCUGAAGGAACUCUACUCUCUCACUGACCCGGACAGUGAGGAACACUAUCACCUGGAUGUUGCAAUGAAGGCGAUGAACAAAGUGGCGAGCCACAUCAACGAGAUGCAAAAGCUUCACGAGGAGUAUGGGGCUGUUUUUGACCAACUCAUCAAUGAACAGACUGCGGAUAAAAAAGAGGUGGCUGACCUCUCAAUGGGUGAUCUGCUGCUGCAUGCCACUGUAAUGUGGAUCAACCCACCAUCCUCUUUGGUCAAGAGCAAAAAAGACCCAGAUCUGUCUGCUUUUGUGUUCAAAACAGCAGUGGUCUUUGUGUACAAGGACUGUUCCAAACAGAGGAAAAAAAUCGGUGGAUCUCAUCGUGCGUCUGUAACUGAUGACAAGGAUCCCUUCCGCUUCCGUCACAUGAUCUCCACCGACUCUCUCCAAGUCCGUGCUCUUGCAAACGCUGAGGGUACAGCAAUGUGUGAGAUAGUUCACACCAAGUCUGAGUCUGAGGGAAGACCAGAGAGGACCUUCCAGCUGUGCUGCAGCUCUCCAGACAGUAAGAAGGACUUUGUGAAAGCAGUCCACUCCAUCCUGAGGGAAAAGCAGCGUCGCCAGUUGCUUAAGACAGAAUCUCUGCCACCCAACCAGCAGUAUGUCCCAUUUGGGGGAAAACGUCUCUGUGCCCUCAAAGGGGCACGGCCAACCAUGAAUAGAGCAGCAUCAGCUCCGUCUCGGACUCUUGGCCGCAGGAAGCUGGUGAGAAACCGCUUCACCAUCGACACUGACCUGGUUUUCCACGGCAACAACAACAACAGCAGUGACUCUGACUCCUCCCACCACCCUUCCCCUUGCUCACCGUUGUCUCAGCAUGCCCUGCUCCAGACACACAAACCUCAGGGAGAGGACACGGACCGUUGGGUGGAGGAGCAGUUUGACCUUGGUUGCUAUGUCGACCAUGGCGAGGGUGUCGAAGUGGAGCCGGUGAAGGAGACGGACAUUUUGAGUGACGACGAUGAGUAUUGCAAAUCUGUCCGAGCCUCAUCGGCGGAGCCUGCCAACUUGGAGCGGAAAAUGGAAGGACUCAGCCUGCGGGAUGGAGAGAUGAGGAGCCAUGACCUGAAUGGAGGGGUAGAGACAGAGAGAGGAAGUGAGGUCUCCCAGAGUGCAGUGCAAGACGAUGGUGGUGCUCGAAUGAACUGCGUUGGUGAUUCAGACUUGAUCCCCUCUCGGGGACAUGAGGACUCCCUCCAGUCCACUGGUGUCCCUCUUGUAUCCCGUUGCACAGCACCCCCCCUUAAACUCACUCCUUUAACUCUGUGUGCCGUGGAGGGGGCAGCCGACAAGGACCAUGAUGCCAUCUGGGUGCGGCGGGAUGACUACACCAACAGGUGCAAUAGUGAUGUCUUCUGAAGGUGGAGAGAAGAGCAGGGUAUCUCCAGAUGGAGUAAACAAGACUCAUUCUCUGGCUCCUCACAAAAAGUAGGACCAGGGGAAAAUGGUACCAUAGAAGCUUUAAAGGGAGAAUUGGGAGGAAAAGACAUUUCUAGACUCAUACAGAAGGAAUUACAACCCAAACAAUCCUCUCCAUAUCUCUACUCCACCUUCCUUCAUUUCCCACCUUUCCUGCACCUCCCAUGUUCUGACAAUCCUGAGGCACUGAAACACCAGUGAGCGAAGGGAAAAAUAAUAUCCUCAUCUGCUCUAUCGGGGUUUCGGUCACAGCUCCUUGUCCCAAGAUGCUUCAACUCAAACAGAAGGAAGAGAGAGAAACCUCACUGUUUUGGACAUACACCCAGGUGCACACGCAACUGUGGAAAUGUAUGUGAACGUAUUAAUAAGACCUGCACUGCAUGAAUACGCAACAAAACAAGCAAGUGUGCAUACACAAAGUGCAAGUACAGUACACAGAAGCACAGACGCAGAGACUCCAGGCAGCUAUUGUACCAUACACACAUUACUGAAGAGACAUCAUCACUGAACCAUGACCUUCUGGCCAAAAAAUGUCUAUUUUUCAACACAGGAAUGUGGGUGUUAUUUUUCUCUGACUCAGAAACUGUGUUUGUAUUUUAACACUCAAGGGCUGUGUGUUACUGAACUUCUUUUCAGGGGCUUUUUGGCUUACGACUGCUGUGUAAAAUAUUGUGAAAUCCAACUAGCUUUAUUGUGCUUUCAUUGUUUUUAACUUAAUUAUCGGCUGCACACUAGUGUAAUAGUCAGGAGUACAAUAGAGUGCCGUUAACUUCUUGUAUAUUAUAAAAAUGCGUUGUUUUGACUUAUGUCUCCCAGCAUAUCCGUUUAAAUGGACAAUAGAUAUUAAAGUCUACCUAAGCUUUAUUUCAUUAUUAACUUUUUAGCUUCCUGUUUGCAGCACAUUCAACUGCCCAGUAUUACGAAGCAGGCUCACCUCACUGUAAAGUCACCUGGUUCCCUGCACAUUUAUGUCCAGACAUCAUCAUGUUGUUGCCUAAUCUUGGCCAAAAUCUUUCAUUGUUCUUUUGGUAACUGAUCUCUCAAGACAUUUAAGGGGUAUUUUGCAAAAUUGCCGCGGGUCCAUUUAAGUGAGAAGUCAGAUGCAACGAUGAAAAUCAUGUAUACUCAACCACCGAGUGUCCUCACUUAUGUCGACCCUCAACAAUUUUGCACCAUGCACCUUUACCAUACCAUUUUUAUCCCAAAGGUCACUUGUGUUCCUCUGAUUCCAAGUCUUUGAUUAUUUAAAUUGUAAUACCCCUACCAGUCCUGUUUUACUUGAAUUUUUAGUUUUUUGUUUUUUUUUUUCAGUUCAACAGACAUGUUGGUAACCGUACUGUAACUGCGUAUAGCUGACUUGUCAUCCUUGGACCAGUUUUUGGUGUCUGCCUUCUCUCUUACUCAUUUUCCACCAACAAAGAACCAAAUCCUUUCCGGUUUGUGCACCAAAUUUUGAACCGGUCUUUGCAUUUCCACCAAAUAUAAACUGGUUCUUGAACACAAAACUUGGUUCUCAGCUACAGCCAGAAAUUAAUAGUUGUCAAGUGGGAACCAGGUGGGUGUGUAUUGUUCUACAAGGAAAGAUGGAGACAACUGCCAAGAAAACUUUGUGGUCUGGUUAAAAAUGUUUUUUUUUCCAACACUAAAACAGAUUCCCUGACACUUGCAUACAUGUCUCCAAAUAUAAACAUAACAUGAAAAACAACUUAGAGUUUAUAAUUCUCAAACUGAAUUCUAUCAGGGCUUUGAGAUAAUAUGUAGGCUAAUUAUACCAACAGGUAUGAUGGGUUGGGCUCUGUCCUGCAGGAGACAGCAGGCAGGCGAGGUCACUGUGACGAUGUACUCAUGUGCUGCCAGAGUUUAUUUUCCGUUGAGCACGCCCAUCCAUGAUGCAAUGGUCCAACUCCAAAAACUGGUCAAAAAAAUAUGGCCAGUGGUACCAAGAAUCUUGAACCAAACCAGUUCGAGAACCAGAACGUUUUUGGUGGAAAAGGCAUAUCUGCAACUCCUUCUGUCCUUACCAUGUCCAACAGCAUCAGAACCACAAAAAGAGCUGACUCAGACAGACCAAUUUUAAAGGUGCACUAUGCAAAAAUUAGGGUUGAUUGACAAAACAAGGAAGAAAAGGUUAAUCGGGGAGUGAGUCGCCCAACAAUGGAAACCUUGUUGACUAAAACCAGGCAAUUUUGUGCUUACUGCAGAGUUUUUGUCUGCGUCUAAACGAUCCUCACUUCAAUCGACUCUUGGCAGUCUUGUGCAGUGCACCUUUCAAGACAGACAUCUGGUUGGAAUGGAGCAAACCUAUACAAGAACAAGCCUACACUCUUCUUAAAAUGUCUCUCCACUUCUAACCUCUCAUGUCACUCUCCUUGUAUUCCCUCACCACUAUAUAGGCCAUGCCAUUUCACAACAUCUUUUCACAACAACACAGUGAUUGCUCAGCACCUUAAUGGAUGUACUGAACCUGCACUUAUUUACCCAACUGUGAGGGGGGAAAUCUGUAAGCUAGUCUGGUCACUGGGGCCCGGGUUGUGAGGAGGCUGAGGGGAGAAAUACGCUUUGGAUGUUCUUGAUGUUAUUGUCUUCUUCUUAUGCUGAUUUAUUAGAUUAGUUUACAGGGUGAUGAGGACCUAGUUUUGACCCGGUGAGGACCUGUCCCUGAGACUUGUGAGGAACAAUCACCUGUCUAUAGAGAUGAAGCCUGUGACAACUUCUUUGACUUCCCCCUUUGUACUUUUAAAACUGUGUUCGUACAUACAACUGUGGAGUAUUAUCAUUUUUAUGUUAACAGGAAAAUAAAUUUUCUAAAUUUAA